ACGCGAAUACCGGGAUUCACAGUUGCAUCGUCUACCGGUGCGUGAGAAAAGAUGAUCAUCUUGACGCGAUUGGUGUUGAGUUUUGUGGGUUUGGGUCUGGUAGUGGCCGCUGGGCAGACAGCUCAUCAGCAACAGAAGAAUGUAAAAGAUUCCUAUCCACAAGCUCAAGAGAGCGCACAAAUCCAGGCCUUAGAGACUGUCACAGCAAGUGAAGUAGACUAUGUGGACGGACCUUUAGCUCCGCUUUACGAUUUUCUCAUUCAAAGGCGCCUUUUCAGGUUUUGCAAACUUCUGAGAGAUGCAGGAUUAGAAGAUGUUCUUUUAAGUUUAGGAAAUUAUUGGACUAUAUUCGUGCCAACGGAUGCCUCCUUCAUCUUCCUUCCUGGAGGUACUUUGGAUUCUUUCCAGAGGAAUCCUCAACUGUUGAGAGACUUUCUUCUGUAUCACUUCGUCAUCGGAGACUUCCCAUCUUCUCAGAUUCAAAAUGAAUUGCUUGUUGAUACCCUUCAAGGAUCACCUCUUAGGUUCAAUAUUUAUGGACAGCAUUUGACCGUAUCCGGAGCUCAGAUUUUAGAACAGGACCUGCAGUUUGAACUGGGGCGCGUCUAUAUAGUAGAUCAUCCAUUGUACCCAAUUCCAACUACAGAUAUUAUAAGUUACUUACGGACUAAUCAUAAGGAAUUUUAUAGGCUACUUCUGGACAGCGGUUUAGCAGAUUACGUAUUCAGUGGUACUUUCACAAUCUUAGUGCCAGAUGAUCAGUCAUUCAACUAUUUGAGUGUAGAACUAAAGGACGCUUUAGCAGCAAACAGAAGUCUAGCUGAGAGCAUUGUUCUGAAUCAUAUCUUGCUUGGCAGUGUGUACGUUGGUGGAAUUAGUGAUGGAGUACAAUGGGAAACUGCUGGCGGCAAUGUCAUCAGUUUUACUGAAAAAAGAGGUUUAACAUUUGCAAAUGACAUUCCUCUUGUUCUGUCCGACCAGCCAUUCACAAAUGGUGUUGUGCAUGUUCUCAACCGAGUGUUACUCCCAGCUGGAAUUGAAGCUGACUGUAAUUGUCGUCCUUCUUCAGAACAACAAAAGCCUACAGCACAUGUUUCAGGAGAAUCUAGACCAUCCGUUGUCCAACCUCAAAGACCAUCUUUCGGCCAAAUAGCAACCACAAGAAGGCCAACAGGACAAGCAUUUGCGCCACAAACUACUCGUCCGUUUGGACCAUUAGGAGGACAGACUGUAUCACAAGGAAGAAGACCUUCUACUCCAUCAAGAAUUGGUCAGUCACCAAGGCCAGUUUCUUCACCAACACAUACAACAAGAACCCCUCAUGGCCAAGCAGGAGUGCAAUCUGAACCGGAAAAUGAUAUUAGCAGCAUAGAACAUUCAGGAAUACAAUCAGUACCAGGUCAAAAGAGACCUGAUCAAACAAGAACACGUUAUCCUACACCUUCUCGACUUGUACCCACUCCUAGACAACCACCGCGUAUUACUCCCACUCAGCCUCCAAGAGAUACAUUUAGGGGUCAGCAACCUCAACCACAGUCGGAUCAAGACAGAAAUCAUCCUGAGCAAGAAAUUUCUCCUACUGUAACACCCCCUUCGAGGCAAACAGAUAGAUGGUCGAAUAGACAGCAGACUCAGGCUCCGAGGUAUCCAACACCUGCUAGAACACAGCAAACAACCAGAAGACCACAGACUACGAGGAUAUAUAAUAGAGUUACACCCUCUAUCGGUCAACAGCACGGAAGGGAGCCCAGUACAGAUGGCAUUUAUACAACUCAAAGCCCACAACAGGAUUUCCAAACGCAAAAACCAGGUGCCGGAGCUAGUUGGCAGCAACGAAAACAGGUUAAAACUACAACUAAACGACCUUCACAGCAACAACCUACGUUUAGACCUUCUAGAGUACCUACACCACCACAGAGAAGACCAACACAACCAAGACCUGGUACAACAACUUUGCCUUCAAUAUCUGAUCAAAGCUUCGAAUCAAAUCGCCAAAGUCCAUCCUGUAGGAGGAGAGGAGAUCGCAUAACACCUUCCACGCAAAACUUACCAGUUUGCCCAGAGUCCACACCCGAUCAGUGUCAAAAUCAGCCUUAUAACCCUUCUGAUCCAAGACCUCUAUGUCCUAAUGAAAUUGAAACGCCAGAGUGCAGAAACAUUAAUGAACCUUAUAGCCCGUCUGAUACCCGUCCACUAUGUCCAUCACCAGUACCAGAACAGGACUGUAGACCUUUUGGGCAACCUACCUAUAUUGGUGAUCGUCGACCUCUUUGUUCUUCACCACCACCGACACAAACAAACUGUAGAGAUCCGUCUGCACCAUAUAAUCCUGCUGACACUCGCCCAUUGUGUCGUACGACUAAUCCCUCCCAUCCAACACCACCUAGACCUCAAGUAAAUCCUCAACCAAAUUGUAGACUUCAAGAUGACACAGCUUCUCCAGGAGAUAACAGACCAAUAUGUCCACAAGAAACCCAAGCUGAUUGUCGUCCCUUUUUAGAACGCCCACAGCCAGGUGACAGAAGACCUGUAUGCAGGGUCAACCAACAGCCACCUAGAAUUCCACCAUCACAACAGCAAAGACCACAACCAGGAAGCCAUGUGAAUAAAGGUCAGCAGCAACCAAGACCUCCUCAACGACAACCUACGUAUCCACAAAGUGGACGAUAUCCAGCUACGCAGACAACAAGAAGGCAACAAUGGCAAACUACAACUAAACCUCCUCAAGAAGUAUUUGAACAAACUGAUAGCCCUAAUCAGGCUGGGAAGCAACCACCUGCUGUAGGUGCUUUAAGACCUUAUCCACCACCAUCAGGCACAUUCCAAACACGUCCCCAAACUGGUACAAAACCAGGCUUACGACCAGGCCAGCCACAAACAGUAUCUGAAUCACCACAAUCUGAGUUCGGUUCGCACCCGUCACAACCCCAAAGCGGAUCUUAUCCAGCUCAACCAUCUUCAGGAAUUUCACAACCUCAGUCACCAGCUUCACCAGUUUCUUCCCCAGGCUCAAGACCACCUCCUUCUGGACCCCACACAGGGUCUCGACCACAGCCUGGUAUUGGACUAUCACCACCACGAUCUAGUCCUCCUCCCAGAGGUACUUUCACAACUCGGCCUCAGUCUAGUUUUACUCAGGCACCUCCACGUGGAACCUUGCCUGCUGCAAACCAACCACAGACACCAGGACGUCAACCCUCGUCGGAUGUCGGACCGGGAAGUCAAAUCUUUAGCCCUCAAAGGCAACCAGUUGUUCACCAAGGGCAACGAACAACUUCUCGAACACCAUAUCCCGGACGGGUAUCAACCACACCUAGAGUGCCUAUAUUUGUGACAGGAACAUCCACAGCUGCAGGAGAAGAUACCAGAAGGACAUUAUAUGAAAUUGUAGAAGAUCCAGCAUUACUUAUUCGUGGCCAACCUGUUAAAAUGACCAAAAUUUUUGACUUAUUUCAUAAAGCUGGCAUUGAAAACGUACUAACAGGACCUGGACCUACCACGGUGUUCCUCCCAUCUGAUGAUGCGUUCUCCACGCUUCCUCAAGGAGUCGUGGAUCAGCUAGAAGAAAAUCCAGAGUUGCUGAGACAAGUUCUCUUGUAUCACGUGACAAGCACUGAAAUCCUGCCUAGUGACCAAGGAGAAAGUUAUGUAGUACCUUCACUGGAGGGUACGCAACUUGUCAUCACUAUGCUUAAUGGAGGAAGACUUAUCCUUAUCAGUGGUGCCAAAGCGAUAGCCGUGACAAGAGCCAAUAAUGGUAUAUUCUAUGUCAUCAAUCAACUUCUUUAUCCUUUACCCCAUGAAAACAUAGUAGGAGCGAUCCAGUCCAGGCCUGACCUUUCGACGCUGGCUUUUCUUUUACCCUUGAGUGGAUUGGUGGAUUUACUUCAAGGACAAACUCCAUACACUUUCCUUGCACCUACGGAUAACGCUUUUGCUCAGUUGUCACCUGCAGUUUAUGACGAGUUAACUAGAAAUACUACAGCCCUGCAAGAAUUACUCCUCAACCAUAUAACAGAGGGAGCUCACUAUGGAAGAGAAUUUUUAACUGGAGGGACAUUCCCUAGUCUCCGUGGAGGAAAGCUUAAAUUCCAAGUAGUCAGUUAUGGUUACCAAGUUAACGAUGUGAACAUCAAAACGCCGGAAAUCGUAACGGGAACAGGAAUUAUUCAUUUAAUUGACCAGGUCUUGUUAGACGAACCAGACUUAGAGUUCAUUACAAGAGUGGAAAACUCUGUUUCAGGCCUUGAUAUCUCUCCUGAAAACAAUGCACAACAACCUCCAAUAGGAGGACGACAACCCUCUUAUGGACAAAUCCCAGCUGUUGGUCGAACACCAGCUCAAGGACAAUCAGCGCCUGGACAAAGACCUGGACAAGGUCCAUCUGGACAAAUACCUGGCACUGGGCAACAUUCAUCUGUGCAAAGACCUGCCACUGGGCAACAUUCGCCUACUGGUCAAAGACCAGCGAGCGGGCAGCCUUCACCAACUGAUCAAAGAAUCGCGACUGGGCAACACAUUGUACGCCAAGGCUUAAGUCCAGGACAACCACAAGUAACUGGGUUGCAACCAUCAGUUGGCCAAAGACAGGACUCUGGCUAUCGUUCACCGACAGGCCAAAGACCGGCCACCGGCCAAAUUGCUGGCUCAGGACAUACAUCUUUUGGAGGACAAAUUACAACCAUACAUCAAUCUAGACCUUCUGGUCAGACAUCGCCAAGAGGGCAAUAUCCUUCUUCAGGCCAAUCGUCUUUCUCUGGACAAAGUGGGUUCCAGCCGCAGCCCUUGCCUGGAGGAGUUCAAGGCCAUAGCGGCGGCUCAAGUACCAACGUAGCAGAUUUAGCUAGAUCAAUGGGAUUAAAUAAAUUCGCAAACUGGAUAACGAAUACAGGACUGUUGGAGAAGAUUCAUGAUGGUGGAGUGUACACAGUCUUUGCUCCAACUGAUGAUGCCAUCAGCUCCUUGCCGCAAGAGAUGACAUAUUCCAUAGAUUCCGAUCCUCAGCAAGUUAAAUCACUGUUGCAAUACCACAUAAUACCCCAAAGAAUCAACGUAAAUUCUUUGACCAACGAAGAGACUACUUCGACUCUACUGCAGGGCAAAACUAUCCGAUUCAAUGUGUAUGAAAACAAGCACUGUAAUUGCAAGCAGACGGUGACAGCUUCUGGCACACCCAUAGGUGAUUCUCUUGCUACUAUGGGCUCCGUACAGGUGAUUCCAGUAACUCAAGUACUUUACCAACCUACUGGAAAUUUAUUGAACAUCAUCGAAUCUUCACCUAUUCUCAGAAAUCUCUCCGAAGCUGUUCGAACAGCUCGACUCACUUGGGUACUUUCAGGAACCGGUCCUAUGACCAUAUUUGCACCUAGCGAUACUGCAUUCCAGUCUUUAACCCAGGAAGAAAGGAAGACUUUGAUCGAUGACAAGAAGGCUUUCGCAGAUUUAUUGAAAAGGCACAUAGUACGAGGAACGUAUUUUUCGAGUGGAAUCCAGGAAGAUCAAGAGAAAAAAAGUGAAAGCGGCCAACCGCUUAUCCUCUCUCUACAAGAAGGUAUCAUGACCGUGAAUUCUGUACCAGUAACCUAUUCAGACAUCACCGCUUUGAAUGGUGUCCUUCACGUCAUAGACCAGUUCUUGUAAAAUAAACAAGAAGUGUCCAAACUCGCACAUGAACUAAAUUUGUUUUGUUGCUGACUCGCCAAAUGUAUUGUUUAUGAAACAGUACGAACUGCAACAAUUGCCAUUUUUUUCUGUAGUGUUUGUCUAUUUUGUUACAAUAAAAGUUUUAAAAAUUCA